GUGAGACUAUGGAACAUCAUUCAUACAUGCCCUCGUGGGAACCAGUUACAAGGCACUUCGAGAUAACAGAAGCAGCCACUGAUUGAUUUGCUCAUAAGAUGAUCAGAAGGAUCUCUUGUGAAGUCAUGCAUGCAUUGCUUGUCGAGGAGAAGAAGCAGGAUAAUGAAGCAAGCAUUUCUUCUACUUCUUGCCUUCUUCCUCUUCUCCUCGAGGGCCUCAGCUUUCGAUCUUAGCAGUCGAGGUGGAUUUGGUUUCUGGUUCAACGGAGAAGGCGGCGCCGCCGCCGUCCCAGCAACCAGCCGAGAAUACAGAGCUCUGCAGGCUUGGAAGCGGGCGAUCAUGGAGGAUCCGUCGGCGAUCUUGAGCUCUUGGGUCGGCCCCGACGUUUGCUCUUAUGGAGGUGUGGUUUGCUCCCAGGACCCUGAGGGCAUCUCCCCCUUCCCUGUUGUCGCAGGCAUAGACCUCAACCAUGGCGGCCUCCGGGGCGCCCUGGUCGACGACCUCUCCCUCCUCACCCACCUCUCUUUCCUCCAUCUGAACAGCAACAGGUUUUCAGGCACCGUCCCUGAUUCCUUCAGGGAGCUCUUGUACCUCGUAGAGCUGGAUCUGAGUAACAAUCAGUUCUCCGGCGGCUUCCCCAUUCCCACCCUCCACAUCCCCGGCCUCCUCUACCUUGACCUCAGGUUCAACAGCUUCUCCGGUGAAGUCCCGGACGAGCUGUUUGUCAAGGAACUGGAUGCCAUUUUCCUUAACAACAACCAGUUCGGAGGACAGAUCCCCAUGAACCUCUGGGCCUCCCCUGCUUCCGUGAUCACACUGGCCAACAACAACUUCUCCGGCUCCAUCCCUGCCAGCUUCGGCUACAUGGGCUCCGGGCUCAGGGAGGUUCUGCUCCUCAACAACAAGCUCACAGGUUGCGUUCCUGAGGGGAUCGGCUUCCUCGCUGACAUCGAAGUCUUGGACGUGAGCUUUAACUCGCUCGCUGGCCACGUUCCCAGCUCGAUGUCAUGCCUGUCCGACCUCGAGGUGCUUAACGUGGCGCAUAAUAUGCUCUCGGGGGAGCUGCCGGAGCUGGUCUGCGACCUGAGGAGCCUCCUGAACCUGACUGUCUCCUACAACUUCUUCACUGGGUUCAGCCGGGACUGCGACGGGCUGUUCUUCAGGAACGUGGGGUUUGAUUUCUCCGGCAACUGCAUACCGGAGAGGAACAUGCAGAGGCCUCCGAUCGAGUGCAUGGGAAUUCCCAGGGGAGGGCUCAGCUGCCUAAGGAUACCGUCGGCGAAGGAGACAGCUUGCUCUGGGGCCGCGAGCGUGGGGCAGAGCGGUCGCUGGAUGCCGGGAAUGCCCUUCACUUCGCCCAUUCCAUUUCCUCCUCGGCCAUGAGCUUUGCCUGAUUGCUCUGCUGCCCUGCACAUAGGCAAACAAUUUGCAUAAACAACAACAAUAAAUAUUUUUAUAUGACAAUGAAAAAUUGGUGGGGGCAAAAACAAAAAUUACAGUGUUUUACGCAACCGCGAGAGUAACUUUCAAUAUUAUUCAUCUCGGCCAUGAGUGUUUGACGGCAGCUUUUCUUUUAAAAUCGGGAGACGGACGGUAAGGAAUGUUGAGAGAGCGUAAUCAUAUUUUUAAUAUAAUAGGGCUAGA